AUGAAGGACCCUAGAGCCAAUAAUUCCGCCACUGGCAGCAAUGACUACGAUGAGGACUUUGACAGCACUGAUACUAGUGAUGACCGAGCCUUCUGGAGGAAAGCAACAGCACGCCCUGGUGGCCAGUCUCGGUGGUGCAUGUGUGUUUUCAGUGUGGCAGCCAUUUUGCUACUGGCACUCAUCAUCUCCAUUUCUUUGACCAAGGCGCAGGUGGACAGCAAGUUCUCUACAGUUGAGAGAGAAAUGAGCAACUUGACUCGGUCACUACAGUCUCUGACCUCCAAAAUACAGCAGCUGGAGAAGCAAGGUCAGGAAGAUCUUCAGAAAUGUAUGCUGAUGUCAGUGAGCCUGAACAUGCUGAAAGUAGAAAUUCAAGACAUGUCUACUAAUGUGAUCAACUUACGGGAAGUUGCAGCUCAGCUCAAAUGCAGUUUCAACAGACUCAACAACAAUACUCAGGAUCAGUGUUGUCCACUGCAGUGGACACUCUACUCUUCCCACUGUUAUUAUUUCUCCGAUUACGGCAUGUCCUGGCACCAAGCUCAAGAUGAGUGUGAGAGCAUGAAGGGGCAGCUGCUGGUGCUGAACAGCAAAAAGGAGAAGGAGUUUGUGAUCAGCCAUACUACUCCUCACUACUACUGGCUGGGUCUGACUGAUGAGAGGACAGGACAGUGGGAGUGGCUAGAUGGAACACCCUAUGUGAUGGUCAAAAGUGAAUGGAUGCCCGGCCAGCCUGAUAACUGGGAGGCUCAUGGUUUGGGUGGAGGGGAAGACUGUGCUCACUUCCACAGAGACGGCAGAUACAACGAUGACCACUGCUCUCGUGACUAUCGUUUUGUCUGCAAAUCCCACGCAAUCACAUCUGAUCAGUGAACACAUACACUUAUCUCAUAACACAUAAUGCACAUAAUAAGACACAAAUGAAACGUUCAAAAAUGAACACAGUUAUUAUCUCAUAACACUUGCCUGCACAUAAUAACACACAAAUUAAACGUUCAAAAAUGAACACAGUUAUUAUCUCAUAACACAUUCCUGCACAUAAUAACACACAAAUUACUUUUAAAAAGUAAAGAUAUCUCUACCAUGCAAAGAUAAACACGAGUCUCUUUUUACAAAUCUGAGUCAAGUCUCAAAUCUCUGUGAUACAAGUGAAAUCUGGGUCAAGUCUCGAGUCUCUGUAGUACAGGCCAAUCUGAGUCAUGUCUCGAGUCUCUGUAGUACAGGCCAAUCUGAGUCAAGUCUCGAGUCUCUGUAGUACAGGCCAAUCUGAGUCAAGUCUCGAGUCUCUGUAGUACAGGCCAAUCUGAGUCAAGUCUCAGAUUUCUGUGGUAUGAGUCAAGUUUAAGUCAACUCUCAAGUCCCCAUUAGAAGUUUUGUUUAAUCUCAUUGUUUACAGUUCAUAGUCUUAUUUAUUUAUGAAGUUGCUGACAUGCAUUCUCAAUUGCAAAGUCAUGGAACAGUGCCUGAAACCUAAUGUUAAAUAUAUGUUGGUCUGCAAACUAGCAUUAGCUAUCAAAAUAUAACAAAAUAUGGCAGUAGGACAAUGGCACAUGUAACUAUAAAACUAGAAACUGCUUAAAAUUAUAUGAAGUUUACUAGAAAAAGUAUUUAUUAGAUAUUGAUCUAGCUAGCUAGCUGGUUAGCAUACUUUUUAAACUACAGGCAAUCCAGGUAGCUAGCAUACUUGCUGUCCAUACCAACAUUUUCAUGUGUUUUAAGAUGUCUUACAAAGUUCAGUGUCAUUUUGCUAGUGUCCUUUAUUUUAACGUUGUGUGUAGCACUGGGAUUAUGUCCAUCUAACUCAAAGAGUUUGUACCUGAAGAUGCUGAUUAAAGGUUCAUCGUGUCCUAUGAGAUGCUGAUUAAAGGUUCAACGUGUGUUAUGAGAUGCUGAUUAAAGGUUCAUCGUGUCCUAUGAGAUGCUGAUUAAAGGUUCACCAUGUCUUAUGAAAUGCUGAUUAAAGGUCCACCGUGUCC